AUGGCUCUCUCAGGCUGUUGGAUGUUUGUGGCACUGCCAAGGAUGUGCCUUGUUACAAACCAAGGAAUGCAUGCAGGACCUUCAAUCGAUCAUGCGAAGAAGGCGGGGAGGAAGAUGGUGAAAAAGGCAAUCCAAAAGGCUAUGAAGAAUCUCAAGGCAGUCGACAACAUAUCCACCUUCUCUUCCCUCAACAAGGACAAUGAGACAUUUUCCAUUGUUAGCAAGUUGAGAGAUGUUGAAGCAAUCACUCUCGCAGUGUUUGAGUCACCUCUUUCCUUCAUCUCUGGGCCAAAAUCACAGCCAAGCAGCUAG